AUGCUGUUGCAUCCCACGGUGUCAGGAUUGUGCGCCAUGUUGCAGACCAUCUAUGAGACUGAGUCCUGUUUUUCCUCUGCCAGCACAGACAGCCAUCACCAGCCUCUGGAGCUCCUGAGUGACAGCAGGGGCUCCGGCACUGCCAUGCCCACCGCAUUAGUGGAGGUGAAGAGCAGCCUCCCAUCAGGGAUGCAGAGCCCAGUAGGAACAGCGAGCGAGCAGAGAGGAGGCGGUGGAGAAGGUGGUGGGGGUCCUGCAGAAGGCCCAGGAGGAGGAGGGGGCCCAGUGGACCUACGAACAGAGCCCAGGGUGGGCUCUCUGUCUGGGGGUGCAGCAGUGGACACAGCCAUGAGAGAGCAGCAGCUCCAGCAGGAACUCGUGCUGCUCAAACAGCAGCAGGAACUCCAGAAACAGCUGCUGUUCGCAGAGUUCCAGAAAAAACACGAAGUGUUAACAAGACAGCAUGAAGUCCAGCUGCAGGAGCAUUUAAAGCAACAACAGGAGCUGCUGGCAGCAAAGCGGCAGCAGGAGCUGGAGCAGAAGAGGAAACUGGAGCAACAAAGACACGAAGAACAGGAGAAACAGCGACUGGAGCAACAACUGCUGCUGCUGAGGAACAAGGAGAAAGGCAAAGAGAGUGCCAUUGCCAGCACCGAGGUAAAGCUAAAGCUGCAGGAGUUCCUUCUCAGCAAGAAAGAGCCUGGUCCCGGUGGACUCAACCAUUCCUUCUCCCCAAAGUGCUGGGGAGCCCAGCACACCUCCCUGGAGCAGAGCUCUCCUCCGCAGAGUAACACCCCAGGAACUCCUCCCUCCUAUAAACUGCCCCCACUGCUGGGGAACUACGAGGGCAAAGACGACUUCCCACUUCGCAAGACGGUCUCAGAGCCCAACCUGAAGGUGCGUUCGCGGUUGAAGCAGAAGGUGGCCGAGAGGCGGAGCUCCCCUCUCCUCCGCAGGAAGGACGGAACUGUCAUCAGCACCUUUAAGAAGAGAGCCAUAGAGAUAUCAGUUUCGUCUCUCUGCAACAGCGCUCCGGGUUCAGGUCCCAGCAGUCCCAACAGUUCCAAUACAGCUAUCGCCAAUGGCAACACAGGAUCAGUCCCCAAUAUACAGACCGAGCUGAGAUCUCUGCAUCAGACGUUGGGAGCUGAUGGGACAUUGAGUCCUCUGAGUCUCUACACCUCACCCUCCCUGCCGAAUAUUUCCCUGGGACUUCCUGCCAACACACACAUCACGACCCCACAGAAGCUGUCCAGUCAGCAAGAGGCCGAGCGUCAAGCCAUCCAAUCGUUGCGAGGGGGCGGGGCUCUAACAGGGAAGUUUCUCUCCACAUCUUCCCUACCUGCAGGCGUAGGACAUGAUGUGGAGACUCCACCCCCCAGCUCUCACUCAGCCCAUUCCUCGUUACUGCAGCAUGUACUACUGCUGGAGCAGGCCAGACAACAGACUGCUAUGCUAGUCCCCAUGUACAGCCAGUCGCCGCUGGUUACGGCGGAGAGAGGCGUGUCCAGUGGCAUGCGGGCGGUCAACAAGCUGCCUCGCCACCGACCACUGGCUCGGACCCAGAGUGCACCUUUGCCCCAGUCGCCCCAGGCCCUGCAGCAGCUGGUGGUCCAGCAGCAACACCAGCACUUCCUGGAGAAACACUACAAGAUGCUUUCAAAGGGGGCGGAGCUUCCCAGGCCACCACCCACCCACCCAGAGGAGACAGAGGAGGAGCUAACAGAGACCAAUGACAUGCAGGAGGAUGACAUAGGGGUGGGCCUUCACAGGCUUCAGAAGGAGAGCUCAGACGAUAGCACACAUUCGUCCGAGCGACUCGGUGUGCACGUGAAGGGCGAGGAGGAGCGCGGGAGCAUUCACAUCAAAGGGGAGAGUACCGAGAGCGAGCUGGACGAAGAGGAAGAGGACGAUGAAGUCAUCCAGCUGAGGGAGGGCGAUGAAGAGGAGAGGGGGUGCUACACGCAGGCCUUGCAGCAGCUGGGCGUGUUCCAGUCCUCGUUGCCCCACAGACCUCUGGGAAGAGCGCAGUCCUCCCCUGCAGCCACCGUCAAUCCCAUCAAACACCUCUUCACUACCGGGCUGGUGUACGACAGUCUGAUGUUGAAGCAUCAGUGUGUGUGCGGCAACGCUCACAUCCACCCGGAGCAUGCUGGGAGAGUGCAGAGCAUCUGGUCCAGACUGCAGGAGACGGGCCUGCUGGGCCGUUGCGAGAGGAUUCGUGGGCGUAAAGCGUCUCUGGAUGAGAUCCAGUCCGUCCAUUCAGAGUUCCACACGCUGCUGUAUGGAACCAGUCCGCUCAAUCGGCACAAGCUGGACCACAAGAAGCUGCUGGGUCCAAUCAGUCAGAAGAUGUACGCCGUUCUUCCCUGCGGAGGAAUAGGGGUGGACAGCGACACCGUGUGGAACGAGAUGCACUCGUCAGCGGCGGUCCGCAUGGCGGUGGGCUCCGUCAUCGAGCUGGCCUUCAGAGUGGCCGCAGGGGAGCUGAAGAACGGUUUCGCAGUCGUGCGUCCGCCAGGCCACCAUGCUGAGGAAUCCACCGCCAUGGGGUUUUGUUUCUUCAAUUCAGUCGCCAUAACUGCCAAGCUGCUGCAACAGAAACUCGGAGUGGGCAAGAUCCUCAUUGUCGACUGGGACAUUCACCAUGGCAACGGCACCCAGCAGGCCUUCUACAGCGACCCCAACGUCCUCUACAUCUCCCUCCAUCGCUACGACGAUGGAAAUUUCUUUCCUGGCAGCGGAGCUCCUGAGGAGGUGGGAUCAGGAGCUGGUGUCGGUUUUAAUGUGAACAUAGCGUGGACUGGAGGAGUGGAGCCCCCUAUGGGUGAUGUGGAGUACCUGACUGCCUUCAGGAGUGUGGUGAUGCCCAUCGCCCAGCAGUUCAGUCCAGACGUGGUGCUGGUGUCGGCUGGCUUUGACGCAGUGGAGGGUCAUCAGUCUCCUCUGGGAGGCUACAACGUGUCCGCCAAAUGUUUCGGUCAACUAACGCAGCUGCUGAUGGGUCUGGCGGGUGGGCGGGUUGUUAUGGCGCUGGAGGGCGGUCACGACCUCACAGCUAUCUGUGACGCAUCGGAGGCCUGCGUCGCUGCGCUCCUGGGAGACCCGUGCGACUCUGUGUUUCAGUGGCCUCAGGAGCAGCCAUGUCCAAAAGCCUGCGCCUCGCUGGAGAGAGUAAUAGAGAUCCAGAGUAAACACUGGUCUUGUCUCCAGAGUUUGUCUCAGACCAGCGGCCACUCGCUAUUGGACGGCCCCCUGGGGGCUCAGGGCCAAUCGGAGAAGGACGAGGCAGAAACGGUCAGCGCUAUGGCCUCACUGAGUGUCGACGUGGAGCAGCCAGGCUCCGUUCCUGACAACACGGAAACCAGCAGGUCAACAGAGGAGCCAAUGGAAGAAGAGCCCGUCUUGUAGGAGGAGCUUAACCGAGAAGCACACGAAAACUCCACAUUCACCUCCUUCUAGCACCUCCUCUUCCUCUCACCUUUUCCUCUUCGUCCGCGGAGUGUGCGUGGGUGCGCACACACACACACACAGAGUAGAAUUGUGCCGUUGUGGAGGGACUCCCAUUGGCUGAGGAGAACUUAACGGAGGCAGAGGAGGCGGGGCCUGUGAAACACACGGACGCAUCUCUUUCCUGCUGGUUCGCCCGCCCGAGGAGGAGCAGACGACUUGUUGGCAUCUCUGCGGCGACCAGAGGAGGGGAGCGUCGGGAAGGAUACGCGUCUUGUACCCUUGUAUACUUCACCACCUGUACACAGCACCACUGAAUUUUACUCUUCCACCCUCCAGAUCAUUCUUUUUAUUUCGUCCCUUCUCCUCUGUUUCCGCCGAGGGGACGGUUAAACUGGGGAACUCGAAUCUCGUCGGACACCGAGCGGACGACUUGUCUUCUUGGGUGUCUCGUCUGUUGCGUCGGAAAAGACAUGCCGGUCGCCUGGCGCUGGAGGAGUUUCUAAAUGAGCAGAGGAGGAGGAGGAACUAGGUGCCUUUUUUUCUGUCCACAAAAACAAAAACAAAAAAACUGUCUGGUCAAAAAAAAAAAAACCACAAACCACCACCGCAGCACCUCAGCAAACCAACCAGCCAAUCAAGGACUGAAGAAACACACUGAUGUGCAGACACACACACACACACACACACUGCUGUUGUUCCAGUUGGUCAGUUCAUUUUCGUUUCUACAUCUUGAUGCCUUAGUUUGACCCUAAUCCUCACUACUUUAGCAAAACCCCGAGAGACGGAGGGAGAUAAAUGACGAGAGUUAAUAUAAACACGUACUCUGCUGACUAACUGCUAAUAAUUGCAUUCGCUGUCAAAUCUGACAAUUUUAACGCCGGAUAUUACCGACAGACGGACAAAAAAAAAAAAAAAAAAGCCUCUUAAGCCGCACUUCACAGCUCCAGUGAAAAUGGUCGUUGAAUAUUAGCAGUAACAAUAAAAAAAAAACAUUCAGACUUUUAUGGAAUGUGGUAAAAGCGUCUCAGGAUUAGGUCAGCUUUAGCAGUAUUCAUGGUUUUUAAACAGGUAACUCAUGGAACUGCCCCACUUCAGACGUCCUCGCUCCCUCUUUCAGUCAUGUGACCUGAGCCCCUCCCUCACCUUUUUUUUGUCUCUAAAGCGAGAUCGUGGGAUUGCGGCAUGUUUUUUUUAAAACACCACAACGACCACCACAUCCCUCUUUUCCCUUCUUUUUUUUAAUAUCUAUUUUUUUUAAAUUGUUAAAUUUUCUGUUCAGUGUAAAUACUGUCUUCUGUCCUGUUGCCCACGGUUACGUCACAGCAGACUCAGUGCGGUCACUUUUCUAUAUCUGUAUAUACAUAUAUGUAUAAAAAAAAAAAACAACAACAACACAAAAUACUACUUUCUCAUUUUGUAUAAAAAGCAAAAAUCAUAUAUAGUGUUUUAUCCAAUCAGAUUGGAUUUAUGAAUAUAUUCUAUUUGAAGAUUUGAUGUUUUAACGAUUUGGCUGUUUGACAGGAAGUAAGCACAGGGUCUGAUCCCUUCAGACCGCAACCUG